AUGCUGGAUGUUAAAUACCGUGGCGCAAUGCAUCAGACGGACCUUAUAGUCAAGGACGAGGAGGCCCGACGCCUCAAGCUACGCGUCAUUGUCCUCCGGGAUGAGGUCGCUGUCCUCCGCGAUCAAUUGGCAGAGAAGGACGACCGGAUCAGCAAUUUGUCACAGCAGUAUGAGGAUAUAUGCGCCCAACUUGGUCGCAUGAACCAGACGUGCCAGGACCAAGCUGAUCAGCUGCGCUUGCAAGCGCGACAGUACUCAGAUCUCAAGGCCGAGCUACAGUCAUUAAACAACAUGUCAGACGAUUCCACCAAGACCCUCACAGAGAAGCUGGCCCUCUCUCGAGAACUUGCUGUGCUGAAACCCGAGAUCGAUCACCUGCGCUCGCAAGUCUCCCACCAGAAAGACGUCCUAGCUGAGAAGCUUGCUCUCGAACGGCAACUGAAUUCUCUCGAGACCGAGCUUGCCAACGAGAGGCGCGCAGCGGAAAAGGCGAUCCAGCGCCAAGGGAGUGAGGAAAACCAAGUCAGCGAAGAACUUCAACAACGUGUCGCAGACCUUGAAAAGAAACUUGCUGCCGAGAAGAAAGCCUCGCAGAAGGCCAAGAAAGCCCAGGAGAAGGAACAGACCGGCGCAGAAGAGGAAUUGCGAAAGCAGGUUGCUGACCUGGAGAAGAGGCUUGCGGCCGAGCAAAAGGCCUCAGAGACUGCAAGGAAGACCCACCAGAAGGCGCAAAGUGAUGCGGAAGCUGAGCUGCGGCAGCAAGUUGCGGAUCUCGAGAAGAAGCUGGCCGAUGAAAAGCGUGCUGCUCAGAAGGCAAAACGCUCGCAGGACAGCGAUGAGAAAGAGUCCCAAUCAGAGCUGCAACAAAAGGUACAGGAACUCGAGGAGAAGCUCCUCUCCGAAACGCGUGAGGCCGAACGGGCUCGCAGGGCCAGCGAGAAGGAGACUGCCACGGCCAACGAUCAGGUCGAAAUGCUCACGCAACGUGUGGAAGAAUUCAAGAACAAGUUGAAGGAGACCCGCGCCGAGCUCAAAGAAGUCCGGGCCGAGCUUACACAGGCCCAGACUGCACCUGCGCGGACCACCACAACCACUGUACCACUCAAAGACAACGAGACCAAGAGACCGCUCAGCAAAGCCAAGGCUGGAAAGAAGCGUGGCGCCAACGACAUCAGUGUCGAUGAGAUGAUGAUGGACACACCCGGACACGUCGAGGGAAGGAACAAGCGCCCUCUUAAGAAGAGAGGCGUUGAAUUCACGACAGUCGGCGAAAAGUCUACAUUCUCCAUCACGCCUUUCCUGGAGAAGUCAAACACCAUCAACUUGGCAGAGACCAUCGAGGAGGAGGAUGAAGAGCCAUCCAUUCUCAUCGGUAAGGGAGAUCCAGGAGCACCAAUUAUCGAGCCAGAAGCGGAGGCGACUGAGGACAUUCCUCUUGCGACUGCCGAGAAACCAGCGAAGUCAGUGGCCAAGGCUCUCAAGGCCACGAAGCCUAAGGCAACGGACACAGCUCAGAAGAAGGCACGCGGCAGACCAAAGGCGCAAGCUUUGAAAGAGUCAUCUCCAAACACGAACGUGCCGUCAGCCGCGAACACCCGUACUUCGCCGCGAAGCAAAUCGGCUUCAUUAGAGAAGGUGGCCGAGGAGCCUGAAGGAUCAGCGAAGAGCGAGAACAACCCAACUGGGACAAUCCUCGGCACGAAGAAGCCUGGCGAGUCGAAGGAAAAACCGGCAUCCAACUCAACAGCCACCAGCACUGUCGACACAGGAAACGUCAGCUCAGAAAACCCGGAGCCCAAGAAAAAGAAGCGCAAGCUGCUUGGUACUACCAACAAGGGCACGCUGUUUGACAAGGACGAGGAUGCUGGUGAGGCAGAGGCCAUGGCGGCCCCAAAGACAGCCGCAGCUGCGGGAGGUGGCAAGAGGAAACCCGUUGGCCUGAAGGCUUCGGUACAGAAAGGUCCCGUCUCUGCCCUUGCCAAGAAUGCGUUCGGCGGGAAGGCGUUCUCACCGCUGAAACGAGAUCGAAGAGCUCACACUGGCGAUAACGGCACCCGCGAGCAAGCCCGGGCUAUCGAAUCCCCACGCGUGCCUGGCCUGCCGGCUGAGGCCGCUGGAGACACGGCGGAGCGCUUCGUCAAGCUCUCAAUGAAUGAUAGAUACGGCCUCUUCCACCGGAACCAGACCGUCGUGGACCUGGGCUACGCGCCGGGGUCCUGGUCGCAGGUCGCCAAGGACGCCACCGCCCCGAACGGUGUGGUCGUGGGCAUCGACCUCAUCCCGGCGCAGCCGCCGAGGGGCGUGACCAGCAUCCAGGGUGACUUCCUCAGCCCGCGGGUGAGGGCUCUGGUCAAGGAUGUCCUCGUCGAGCAGGUCAGACGGAAAGAGAGGGACAGGAAGGAGCGGCAGCAAAUCGACGCCGCCUCUUCAGCCCCAGAUACAGUAGACGCCGAGGGCGAGAGGGCCGACGGGAGCGUCGUGACGGACCAGCCUAGUUACAUCGACCAGGAGAAGCAGGCGACCCAGGACAUCGAGGCGGCUUCUGAAGCGGAGGAAGAGGCACAGCGGAUGGUGGAUGUGGUAAUCAGCGACAUGUCAGAACCCUGGCCCCAGACGAGCGGCUUCUCGAGCAGGACGCUAAGCAACCCUCACAGGUUGAUGAACACGAGCGGAAUAAACUUCAAGGACCACGCCGGUAGCAUGGAUCUCUGCUACGCAGCCUUGGCGUUCGCCUCGGACACGCUCAAGGCAGGGGGCCACUUCGUCUGCAAAUUCUACGCGGGGGCCGAGGACAAGAAGCUCCAGAUGCUGCUCGAAGGGAUGUUCGCCAAGGUACACCGGGAGAAACCCGAGUCGUCGAGGAGUGUAUGUAUUGCUGGCUUGACCCUGAGCCAAAUUCCUAAACCCCCUAUUCCUGCCUCCCACCUUCCUCCCCCGGCCUGCAUCCUCUCGCUCGUCUUCUCCUCGAACACCAGAGACGCAUUUGACCGCUACUAG